AUGACGACCACCAAGAGUCCAGAUGGUCCGGAGGACGUGAACGAUUUCCUACUGCGCAUUCGGGAACUCGGCGAGCGUCGUGACAAAGAAGAUGACGAGCGCACUAAGCGACUGGAGGAUGAGAUCUUGCAAGGCCGCAAAGAAAGACAAGCCCGUCGAGCUGAGCGAGCACGAUCGAUUGCCGGAUCUUCCAUUGCCAGUUCCCCUACCCUGAAUCCCUUAAGACUGAGCGUUUCAUCCAUCGACCCCCCAGAACUACUCGAACCGACCGUACAGACCCCGGAUCCCGAGCCAUUCAGCCGAGCAAAACCAAGUCAAGAUCCGGAGCCGUUUUACACCACAAAUUCCAGGCGAGGAUCGGUUCAAGAGAUGGAAUCCGGCUCUCCACGAACAGUGCCCGCCCUGGGGGGCCGAAGUCGUGCGGGGACCUUGUCGUGGCAGCAACGCCCGUCUUCGCGUGAUUUUGCGACGAAUAGAUCACCAGGCUCGACAUCACCGACUCGAUCCAGUCACCUGCGAAAUGAAUCCACGGCGUCGAACGAGAACCAAAUGUCGCGGGCUUCGAUAGCUCUGUCGCUUUCGUCGAAAGACCCAUCUUGGUUUCGACAGACCGCGGACCGCGGAUUGGGAUCACCUGCAUUUCUAAAGUCAGAGGAACGGUCAGAAGACCACGUGGAUUUAGGACCGAGUCGUCAGUUGCCAGGCAUGGAUGUUGAGUCAACAGUUGAACCGGAGAAAUUCGAGACAGCGGAGGAAAAGUCACCAUCCCGGCCACAGACAGCGUCGACGGUCGGGGAGAGCAAUGUGAGCAAUCGAUAUUCAAGUGUGUCGUCGCUUUCACCGGCCACUGGUCUAGGCUCGCCAGUGGCAAUGACAGAGGCCCCGAAGUUGGACCCUGCGCAAACCGAGAUGCAGACAGACGAACCGGCCCUACCACCGUCUCCCACGCAGCGGCGAAUGUCACCGGAGCGAGCUCGUUCGACUUCUCCUACUAAAGGUCUCGGUGGAUUUGUACAGAGUGCUAUGAUGAGGCGAUCCGACAGUGUAUCAAAACGAUGGAGCGCUCAGCUUCCACAGGGUCUGAGCCGAAGCAACUCCAUUGUUAGCAACCGAAACAGUGUUGCGGCUCCUAGCCUCACGGCCAGCUUCAGUGACAUGACACCUACCACCUCUCGAACCAACCGGGAAACUGCGCCAGCACCUACAGAGCGACCCGGCUCGAGCCACACUGAAGCAUCUGUGCAACCGUCAGAAACGACUGAGAGACCGACUACUCCUUCGUUCUCGGGGAAAUACGACGCCAUGCGCUCUGAAGGAAGUCCUAGCAGACCUCCAUUAUAUGGCCACGCUAGAUCUACCAGCUCAGUGACCGCGGACAGUUUUGGUGGCGAUAGUCCAUCAAGCCCAUUCACGUCGAGAACUAUGGACCCUAGACGCUGGAGCCCGACCAAAUCCACCUGGCUGGAGAGUGCACUCAACCGACCGGAAUCACGGCAGUCAAAGCCACCCCCACCGCAGCCGUCGUGGCAACAACAAGCGCGACAAUCUAGAGGCAGUGUGGAUUUUGGCCGAGCGAGUACCUUCAAAGAAGUCACACCGGUGGGCUUGAUGCGAACACCACCGCCAGGUGGUCAUUUCAAAAAGCCUAGCAUUUCUGGAACUCCAUCCGUGCUUGGCAGUCCAAGUGUGACCAAAAAACCGACAGUACCGGACUCCCCGCCAUCUGCCUUGGAAUCUGAACCACUGCGGACGAAGUCCGUUUCUGAGAUUGAGCCUCAGCCUGAGCUUGAGCCCGAGGGCCCCGAGGUCCUGGAGGUCCCAGAGGUCGUAGAGGAAAAAGAAGAAGACGAAGCAGAAGAAGAGCCGGUUCUUUCAGCUUCGCCAGAAAAAGAAACGCAGGAGCCCCAAGAAAAGCCACCAGUGGAAGAGUUUGAGGUCAGUUCAAGGCUCGCGUCAAUUCGUAAGCCUGCUGCACUGAGUCCCAAGCCUAAUUUCUCGCUCCCUACACGAGAGCCACUUUCACCAAAGCCCAAGCUUCAAUCUCCAGUUGUCGACUUCCGUGGAAAUUUGCGCAAACGUGAUGUUGCUCAAGAUAAGGGCAAGGAAACAGAGCCCGAAUUCAAGAAUGUAUUUGGAAAACUUAAGAAAACAGAGACUCGAAACUACGUGGCUCCGGAUGCUCUCAAGAGCAACAUUCUUCGCGGCAAGUCCGCCUUGAACGCGACCGGUGGCCCGAAGAAGACCCAGCGAGUCGAUGAUUUCAAGGAGAGUCUUGUGAGUCAAAAGGAGGCAAUGAAAGCUGGAGGAGGCUCGAUUCGACGAAACACUGUGGGAGAACAGGAUACACCAAAGCCAGCCGAACCUGUUCCAGAGGCCCUUGCGAAGCGUAACCUCAUGACGAAGACGAACAGUAUCCGGAAAACAAACCCUGAAAUACAGAGCCCUACCGCUGCUCCAGAGCUCAGCCCUACACGAUCUUUCCGAUCACAACUAUCACCUGUAUCUCGUCCCAGUUCGGGUGAGGUUCAGGAAGCAUCCCCGGUUGCUAGCGAGCCAAAAUUUGCAGACUUGGAGUUUGGCCUUAGCCCCAGCCUCGAGACUGACAAAAACUAUAUGGAGGAGGCUUUUAGGCCAAUCAUGAAGACAGAACGAGAGCCUUCAAUCGAUACCAUUCGCUCGGCUCGUAGCUUGCCGUCGCCCGAGGCUGUCGAUACCGCGAGCAUGGCUACAACAACACAUGUCUCUGCCGCUAAAGGAAAACUUGCAGGCCGAAUCAACCCCGCACUAGCGGGCCUUCUCUCUCGGGGGCCUCCAAGUCCAGCCGAAGGACCCAAGAAAGAGCUGCCCGUGCCAGCCUCUGGAGAUGCCUCUCCCGCCCUGCCAUCUGCGCCUCUCACCCACGCGACCAAGGGUCGUGCGAGGGGGCCCAAGCGACGAGCACCCAAGGGGGCCGCUGCUUCCACUGCCUCACCUGCUGAGGAUAUCAAGGAGGUUGGUGCCAUCUCAUCUCCUGAAGUCGAAAUAUCUCAGACUAUUCCCGAGCCUUCAGUUUCUCCGGAAGCGAUCUCGGAGAAUAAGUCAACAGACAACGUGGUUCUCGAUACUGAAACCGCACAAAUAGGGAGCCCCUACCUCAAGCAAUUUCCAGGAGUAAAGACCAGCUUCCAGGAUGUUCUCAACGGCGGACUGCAACGACUGAGAAACUUAUCGCCCACUUCUCCCAAAGAGUUCAACCCCAUUAGCCCGAACGAGCGCGUCUCUCGCGAUUUCGAAUCGACCAGAGACGCCAGCCCAUCAAGUAGACCCCCUGUCCCACCGAAACCAAGCUCAUCACCCUCGCCAUCUCCAUCACCAUCCAGUCCCUCGUCGCGAUUCCAGUGGGGCCAAGCACGAUACAUUUCAUCAUCGCCCUCUCCACUUCGCAUGAGCUCCCGAGAAAUCCAAAAAGAUUUGCCUUCAACGCCUUCUCCGAAAAUCACCCCAGGGGUCAUGGUUGCAGACUCUUCACCACAGAGCAAGGUUAGCGGCUCACCACCAGUGCCACCUAAAAAGACCGGUGUCUCUCUCGCAAAGCCAAUCGAUCCUCGCAAUAGACUUUCGCGAAAGAUGUCCGCGCCUUCCCUAGUGGCCCAGGCUGCGGAAGCCCGGGAGGUCAUCGGAGGUUUCUUCAAGUCAUUUCCUAAUCCACGAGACCGGAUGGACAUUGACCCGCAAUUGAUGUUGUCAAGCAAACUGGAUGACACCAAGAUUCGAACUGUGAAGCGACAGAUUUGGGAAAUGACAGGCGAUGGAAAGAAGCAAGAGCUGCCUAUCAACCAGGAGUAUGUUUUGUACGAGGGUAGCAUGUACGUGUGCGUGCAUUUAUUCGAAGCAGAUGGCGGUAACCACGCUGAAGUCUACCUGUGGUGUGGAGACGACGUUCCAGAAGCGGCUCUGGAUGACGCCCAGCUAUUUGCCCGUAAAGUAGCCCGCGAGAACGGCUGCAAGCUACAAGUGACCCGUCAGGGCAAGGAGCGUAUGCGCUUUAUCCAAGCCCUUGGUGGCAUUAUCAUCACUCGCCGUGGAUCUAGCUCUCGCUUGACUUCAUCUUCCUUGUACAUGCUCUGCGGCCGCAAACAUCUGGGACAAAUGGCCUUUGAUGAAGUCGACUACUCGCUCCGCAAUUUGUGCUCUGGGUUCCCGUUCGUGAUUUCAGCACCAUUUGGCAAGCUUUACCUGUGGAAGGGCAAGGGCAGUGGGCCCGAGGAAACCGGCGCAGCUCGGCUGAUUAGCAUGGAUCUCGGGUUAACCGGCGAAUUCGAAGAAGUGGGCGAGGGCGAAGAGCCUGAAACUUUCUUUGAGGACUUUGCAGGCUCUAACGAAACCAACGCGCUGCUGACAGCUGAUUACUGGCGACUGAAGCCGAAGUUCGAUCAUUUCCGGACCCGUCUUCUUCGGAUUGACCACGAGCUGGGCCAGCCAACUCGUUUCUGGAUGCGUCGUCCUGGCUCUGGCUCACCGACUGUUCGCCCGAACGAUACGGUUCAGGAGAUUGAACCCUUCUGCUACCGAGACUUGACGGACAAGGAUGUCUAUGUCUUGGAUACCUUCUUCGAGAUCUAUGUCAUUGUCGGUGAACAAGCAUUCCAAAAGUCCGCAGACUUUGCAUCUGCCGUGGUCUUCGCACACGAGUACGGUAUACUUGCUGCCUCGCUCCAAGACCGACCUUUCAUCCCCAAGAGCUUCGUGUCGCUCGGUGGUAUCCCAGACCGAUGCCAAAGCGCAUUCCGCAAAUGGAACAUAUCCUCUCUUCACGCCCCCUGCGUUUUCCCUCUUGACGUGGCGAUUGAAGCGAUCCGUUCUCCGGCCAACUAA